AUGUGUGCGUUGCCUGAGAUUUACGUUGGUAUUGGUAUUAAUGGUUGUGGCAGUGUGAGAAUUGGUCUCAUAAGAUUGGUCCAGAGCUAUUAUGCAGUUUCCAGUUAUACACUGUGGUUGAAUUUGGAGCAUAGUGACAAAGAGAAAGGAAGUCUGCAUUGUCUUCAAUGGAAAUUUGCAUUGGAGAAGUUGGUUAUGGACAUGAGUAAAGACAAGCCUCAAGUUAGUGUUAUGGGUAAGGAAAAUUAUUCACAACCAAUCAGUGUUGCAGUCAGGAAUAAUGGUCACUCACGUAGUGAGAGUGAAGAUUCAGGGACUGACUCACGUUGCAGUCUAGAUGCAGGUAGGGCAACAUGCCGUGUGUGCCACUGUGCUGAAUCUGACAAAAGGGGAGAUGUUGCUUUGGGAUUUUUGGGCAUCGUUCCUCCAUUGCAAGAAGCUCGUAAAAGUAAUGGAGCAGUAAAACCUGAAAGCAAAGAAGUCCCCUUGGAUGCUGAAGCUGAUCAGUUCCAUAGCAAAAAUACUGGAAGAGAAUCAGGGUUGGUUGAGUUCAUUAGCCCUGAAGGGGAGGUUUUCAUUUGUAAUACAGAUACCGAUUUAGAACUGGGUUUAUGCCACCAGCAAGACUUGUUAAUUGAACUUGGCUGCUCUUGCAAAAAUGAUCUUGCCCUAGUACACUAUGCAUGUGCACUUAAGUGGUUUGUCAAUCAUGGAUCCACUGUCUGUGAAAUCUGUGGACAUGCUGCUAUAAACAUCAGGACUUCGGACUUAAAAAAGGUCAUGGAUGCUUUGAAGGAUUAUGAAGCAUUGAGGGAAAGGACUGCCACUGGAGAUCCUAAUCCUGCUCAGGUACAAACUAGUGCAGGUGUAGAUCCUGAUGCUGUUGCUGCUGUUAGAAGGCAACGGCUAAGUGAAAUUUCGUUGUGGUUUAGUCCACACAAUCAUAACAGCAAUAAUUAUAAUAAUAAUUCUGCUGCAGUUUCACAGGUUGUUUCUGAACAACCUUUGAAUACUGUCACAGAAGAUGUUGUCCCUGCUGAGAAUCUUGCAACUAAAUGGGCUGUGGAGGGUACAGGGAUUUUGCUUGCUACAGGGCUACUCACUGUUACUCUAGCAUGGCUUAUUGCUCCCCGUGUUGGAAAGAAAACUGCCAAAAGUGGUCUUCAUAUUCUCCUUGGAGGUAUUUGUGCUCUAACAGUCGUGGUCUUCUUUCGCUUUAUUGUGCUGACCAGAAUCAAAUAUGGACCUGCUCGCUACUGGGCUAUCUUAUUUGUCUUCUGGUUUCUGGUGUUUGGUAUAUGGGCGUCACGGACACAUGGUGCUCAUACCACAUAG